AUGAAGGUUGUCCUUGCAGCCCAAGUCUUGAGUCAGUCAGAAGCAGAUGCUCUCCGACAUCUGCGUGUCAAGUUGAAGGUUCCUAAGUUUGCUGGUAGCGAGGCUAGAGAAGAAUACUGUCGUCGGUUCAACAAGCUAUUUGAUAUUUUAAAUUCAUGGAACAUCAACGCAAAGGGCGAUAAAGAGCCAUUAAACAAGACAAAUUUAGAAGAGAAGAAGAAGGAUUUGGAAGACCUAUCGAAAUUUCUAAGGCAACUGAAACUCCCUAAUGGACGGUUAGUCUCUGUCAGCAAAAGGAAAACCUGCAAUGGUGGUGUAACUCCUUCACUUUCCUCGAAUUGCUCCAUUCUGCCUGUUGACAACGUAACAGAUGACAAUUCCCUUUGUUACGCUCGUAAACGAGUACGCUGGAAUUUACUCUAG